AUGGCAUUGGGCCAUCCAGAGAUGGUGCUGGGGAUCCAUAUAAACAUGUUCCUAGCACUUCCGCCCAGUCCAGAAAGCUCGACUGAGAAGUUCCAGCGGUACCAGAGGAUGGAUUAUGAUACGCAAGAGCUAGAGAACUUGGAGAGGACAAGAUGGUUUGCGCAUAAUGAACGCGGGUAUCAGCGGGUUCAAGAGACAAAGAACGUGACGCUUGGUUACGCAUUACAUGACUCCCCCGUCGGUAUGCUGGCUUGGCUAGUGGGCAAACUGAAGGCAUGGACCCACGACUACCCUUGGACAAAAGAAGAACUCAUUCAUUGGACAUUCAUACACUAUCAGGGAAGUCCGAGUGCAGCAAUGCAGAUUUACAAAGAGGCAGAGGCAGUUUUGAAUGAAGACAGAAACAGUAUGCUAGGCAGAUAUAUAUCCCAGCCUGUGGGUUGUUCAGUUUUUCCAAAGGAGCUGUGGUUAUACCCCCGCGACUGGAUGGGCGAGACUUGCAACAUUCAAUUUUGGAAGCAACAUAGAUCUGGGGGACAUUUUAUUGCGUGGGAACGACCAGAGGUAUUGGUGGCGGAUGUUGCAGAAUUCUUCGACAAGGAAGGACCGAGCAAGCAGGUGGCCACAACACUCGGGCGGAUGAUGGAAUAA